AUGAGUGUGAAUGGGCUGCUUCGAAAAGACCAGCUCGAAAGGAGCCUUCACGACGAGAAGAAAUUGAUCGAGGAAGGCAUACUGAAAGAAGACAAUCCUCUGGACUUCAGCGAAAACUUCCAGAGACUAUGUGCCGCUUCCAGACGUGGCGACCUCAAGGUCUGUCAGGAAAUGAUUCAAGAGGGCGUUAACAUCAAUGCCAAAGAUCAGUAUGAUUAUACUCCUUUGAUCCUGGCCAGCUUGUGUGGCCACUUUGAAACUGUUCAACUCCUACUCGAGUCUGGCGCUUUAUGCGAACGAGAUACUUUCCAAGGCGAAAGAUGCCUAUAUAACGCAUUGAACGAUAAAAUACGAAAUCUACUAUUACAAUAUGAUUAUUCCAAAUCUACCGACCCACUUCAACCACUUGCCUCUCAUUUGGUUUCGCUGUUAACAAGAGAUCACCCUAAAACGGCUGACAUCACCAUCACGACGCCAACGGAAUCAUUUCAGUUACAUAAAUACAUUCUUGCCGCACGCUCACCAUAUUUCAGUAGCAAGUUUGUUUCUGCCCCGGACACAGCUUCAUGGAAGCUACCGCCAACGAUUCCACCACAAGCCUUUGGAAUCGCAUUAAAACACCUAUAUCUGGGCGAACUCCCACGCGAUCUUGGUGGUGGGCCAGGAACUGGCUUCACGGAUUCGGAAAUUCUUGCUGGUGUCGAUCGAAUCAGCAAGCAUUUGGAGAUCCAAAAUCUUUCACAACUCAUCCUUGACAAUACAGAUCGUAGAUUGGCACGACAACGGCGACAGGAUGAGGUUGAAAGAGGCCGAGAUCAACUGGCAUCUUGGUUCCAGAAUAACGUCUUGCGACAUGCCAUGGAGACAGAUACAGCCAAGGUCAACGACAUCAAGUGGGAUCGGGAUAAUGGCAUCUUCGCCGAUAUCCUUCUUUGCGCCGAUGAGGAUCAUGAGGAUGACGAAGACAGCGCCGUAAAAGGCACCAACCAACAGUCUAACACGCUACUAUCCACCACUUCAGCCCUCGGCAUUCCAUUCGAAACAUCAACGACAUCACGCAACGCAUCCCGCUCUCCCUCACGCUCACGACCCCAACAGUCCCGCUCGCGCAAAUCCAAGAUCUACCCUGUCCACAAAGCACAACUCCUGCGCUCGGAAUACUUCACGACAAUGUUCGAGUCAUCAUUCCGCGAAGCACAAUCGACACCACAUCUCCAGAUUGUCAACAUCGACUGCUCACCCACCGUGCUCGAGAUCAUCCUCACCUUCCUGUAUACCGAAAAGGCGGACUUCGGCCUUGAUGUGGCAGUCGACGUACUCUUCGCCGCAGACAUGCUGUUCCUCGACAAAGUCAAAGCCAAAGCCGCGGUGGUCAUCUCCAGUCUGGCCAACGGCAACGCAACGGGUAUGUCUGGCGGCGCGAUCAGCGGCAACGGAGUGACCAACGGCAGUUCCAGCGCCCACCUCGACCUCGACGCAAGCAACGCCACUGCAACAGAAGACGUCAUCGACAUCUACGAAAUCCUGCGUGCCGCCUGGUUGACGCGUGUCCAACGCCUCGAGGAGUUCGCGGCACGCUACAUCGCAUACCGACUGGAGGCGUACAUUGACGACCCGGAGUUCGCAGAACUGGUGCAGGAGUCAGCUGGGCGAAUCACCGCACGCCAGGAGACGGACAGCAUCGAGCUCGUCGACGACAUCCGAUACUACCUGUCGGAAAGGUUCCGACUGAGAUUCGAAGACGUGGGCAUCGACGAAGUCAUGGACGAAGAGGCCGCUGUGCGGGACGCAAUGACUGCCACCGAGUGCCAGCCGCUCGAUCACGCCGCAACAGAAGGAGGCGCGAAGCCGUCUGCCCUGCCCAACGUUCACCCGAACGGAAAUCCAGAGAGCCAGCAAGCACAGGCAGAGAUCGAAAACAACGCGGGAUCCGGCGUGCCAAUCCUCCUGCAGGGAGGGGCCGUGCGGACGCUCGACGGCGAGCUUGCGGGCGACGAAUUCGCCGCCGACGCCGUGAACUAUCAGCUGCUGCUCGGCAAGAUCGAUGCGCUGCUGGAGCGCUUGAAGCUCGACGCUUAA